GGAAUUAAGCAUAAAGUCAUGGGGAGAUUAUUUUAAUCGUGUUCAUCGUGUUUGAGUGGUUUAAGUGAGGCACGUUUUGCAUCGAUAUAGGUUAACAGUGAAAUAGAGGGGGUAACAACUCACGUGUUACCGAACGUGCAGCGUUAUGCGGAACAGUCACUCGGUGCGAUAGAUAUGUGAUGUUCGGUUUAGUUCAGUCCUCAGAGAUAUUACUGUCUAGUACGCAUCGUAGUGUUUACUAUAUUGUGAAAUUAACAGAGAAGAAAUUAGUGAAAACUUUUUUUUUUCAUUUAAUUUACUGAUUUUUUAUAAUCAAUUAAAUGGUGCAUUAUUUUAAAUUUAGAUAGUGAAUACGAAUAUAUUUAAAAAAUAUUACUAUCCUUUUUCGUUCAUGUAAAUACAAACAAUUUCUUCGUGUUUUUCUUUAUCAUUUUUAUAACUUUUACCGCCAAAAAAUAUAGAAAUGACAUGUGAACGAGUUUGAUUUAGUAGCAGUGUUGUGAUUCAACGGAUAUUAUCUGAAAGAGAAACUACCCUUAGAAGAGAAUGAUGGAAGAGAUAUCUACUGAAAAUGCUAAAGUGUCGGAUUCCGGAUAUUCUAAUACUUGUAGUAACAGUCAAUCGCAACGGAGUAGUGGCAGCUCGAUUUCGAGAAACAGCAACCGCUCUGAAAGUAGUGGUUAUUGCGGUAGGCGUCCUUCAACAUUUGGAUCCAGCAAUGAAGCUCUACCACAGCCAAUCAGCAAAAGAAAGGAUAAAGAACAUAAGAAGAAGAAGUCGAAGACGAUUUUGGCUGUUAACGCUGAGGCAGAUAUUACCCUGAAAAAUGCCGGCACACCGCCAGAAGCCGUGUCUUAUAAUGUCGCCGUCCCAACGAAAUCUAUACUUGAAAAGAAACCAGAUGUAACCACUGUAGAAUUGGUGGAUGCAACGGAUCCCGGCGAGCACAACGGCGAUACAGUGACAGAUGUGGAAGCAGGGCUUGCUUCUCGUACGAAUCCCCUGGAUGAUUCCAUCUCUCAAGCCAAUGAGGGGUUUUGCGCGGUGAUUUCAAUGCACGACGGCCUCGUAUUGUAUACGACUCCCUCGAUAUGCACAGCUCUAGGAUAUCUCAAGGAUGCAUGGAUUGGCCGUUCUUUCAUCGAUUACGUCCAUCCCAAGGAUAAGGCCACACUGGCUGAUCAGAUUAAAAACGGAAUAGUCUCGCCUCAAGAAGAAAGACCGAAAGGUAUUAAUGGGAGAAGAGCAAGUCUGUUUUGCGGAUUGCGAAAGUACACAAGAUCUUUCGCUCAUCAAUCGAUCAACAAAGAGGCAAGAUCGAAUUUGUAUCUUCCGUUCCACUUGACUUUGUCGUUCAGAGAUUUUCGAGAUCGUACGACUGAACAGCAACACAAAGCAAUGUUCCUGGUGGUUACUGCUCAACCUGUUCACUCUGCAUAUAAAGCGCCAGAAGAAACAAUAAUAUCUUCGGUAUUCACCACCCGCCACAACGCAACGUGCUAUUUAUCCCAUGUUGAUCCCGACGUAGUCCAAUACUUUGGCUAUCUACCUCAGGAUAUGGUUGGCCGUUCGCUGUUUGACUUCUAUCAUCCCGAGGAUCUGCCUUUCAUCAAAGACAUCUAUGAGACUGUUAUCAAGCUCGAAGGUGCCUCGUUCAGAUCGAAACCCUACAGGUUCGGGAUACAGAACGGAGACUACGUCGUCCUCGAAACAGAAUGGUCGUCCUUUAUCAAUCCCUGGACGAAAAAACUAGAAUUUGUCGUAGGUCAACACAGGAUAUUGAAAGGGCCAGCGAAUCCUGAUAUCUUUCGCGUAUCAUGUACAACUGAGCACAGCCAAUUGACUAACAUCAGCGAGGAAGUGCUAAAAGAGGCCAAGAUUAUACAAGAAGAGAUACGUACACUUCUCGACGAGAGCAUCCAAAGAAAGUCAGAUAUUACCGAGCUCGAUGUGUCAAAGAGAUGCAAGGACCUCGCGUCCUUCAUGGAAAAUCUGCUCCAGGAGACGAGAACACCUGGUUUUGGCAAAGAUGUGCUUGCUACCGACGAAAGGAGUUUUUCGGGAUCACGCAAUCCCUUGUUACAGGAGCACGACAGCGUGAUGCUUGGUGAGAUUUCGCCCCAUCAUGAGUACUACGACAGCAAAUCGUCAACCGAGACACCGCCAAGUUACAAUCAACUCAAUUACAACGAAAAUAUUGAAAGAUUCUUUAAGAGCAAACCACCAGUUGCCACUAUGUACGGCAGCGAUGAAGAGAUUAUUAAUUCCAGCAAUGAUGAGGGUGGAAAAACAAGUCCAAAUUCAGCGGUCAGGAAAUGCAUGUCACCGAUAAACGGAAGCGGCGCAAGCGGCAGUGGUAGUGCAGAAAAUCUUAGCAGUGGUUCGAAUAAUCAAACAAGUUCAGCAAGUAGAGAGAACACUUCGAAUACGACUAGUAUGGAAAGUUUUAAACCUCCAACGUUGACGGAAUCGUUGCUCAACCGGCAUAACGAGGAUAUGGAAAAGUUAAUGAUGCUGAAGCAUCGGGAACUUCGUUCUAGUAUUAAGGCAAGUGAUAAAUUAAAAGAUUCUCGAAUAAAGACAACUGAGAAACUGUCGACGGACCCAAAUACUCAUUUUCAAGUCAACCAAAGUCAUGGCAUUAAAAGAAGCGGAAGUCAUAGUUGGGAGGGAGACAGUUUUAAAGUUUCAAAACAUGAAGAAGUGUCAAGGACAAGUACCGCAGGUCAGUUGCCUACUAAUGUUGCAACCACAGUUACAAGCAUGAGCAUCGAUCAAUCUACCGUAAUUCAAACAGGUGCUAAUGUCAAUUUGUGGCAGCCUUUAUCAGUUUCUAUACCACCUCCUCCAUCUGCUCAAAAUGUACCACAAAACACAAAUUCACAAGCAAUACCUAGAAUACCAAUACUGCCAAUGAUACCAGUAUAUUGUGUCCCCGUUCCACAAGUAAACGAUUCUACAAUUUUAUCUCCUGUACGGGAGAAACUUAGCUCAUCUCAACCAAUGCAACCCCCUCAACAAAAUCCUUAUAUGUUCUUACCAGUUUCAUAUAUGUCGACAACAAUGGCUGGUGUCAUUUAUCCUCCAGUAAUAGGUACUCCAUCAACGGGCAUGAUGUACAAACCUUUUUUAAUUCCUGAACAAACAUCAAUUUCGCACGAAAAUAAUCAAGCUACGAUGAAUAAAUGCUCUGAUCGAAAACGACCAGCUAGUCAAGCAACAAGUGUAAAGGCGGAGCCGGGUAGCAUUAUGGCCAUGUCUGAAUCCUCAAAAAAAGUAUUAUCACCGGGUGAAUUGUUAUCUUCUUGUGUAAGUAAUGAUGGAGGUUGCUCGAGCUUAGUGGACAUAUCAACUCCAGUGAAUAAAAAGAUCUAUAAACAGAAUGAUUAUAUUGUGGACGAAUCGAGCUCAUCGAGCUUUUAUAGCAGUUUUCUAUACAAAAGUAGUGAAAGCAGUUGUAAUCCAGACCAAAAACCAACAGAAUAUUUACCGGAGGAUAGUAUGAAGCAACAACACGGUAAACGAAGAAAAGAGCCACCAUGGCUUGAAGGUGUUCACGUAACUCCAGAAUUAAUAUACGAAUAUCAAAUACAUCCUAAAACUUUGAACGAAGUACUUCAAGCUGAUAUGAAUGCCUUAAAAAAUUUUAAUCAGCCAUUAUUGGUAAAUGAUCAAUUGGGUCAACUUUACUUAGAUUUAGAAGUCGAAGGUUUUGAAACAAAACUUGUUCUUGAAGACGGAAUCACUUCUAGUGGCAGUGAUAGUGGUAGCAGUAAUGGAAGUUGGACGGCUGGCACAGUAUCGCAGCAAAAACAAAAAAGGAGAAUGGUGAAGUACGGUAAACUUGUAAUGAUUCACGAAGAAAAUGCGCCAUUGCCACCGGCGCUAUCACCUCAAGUUGUAUCUUGCCAGCAAUUAUAGAAAAAACUUUAUAACGACCAACUUAUAACUAAACACUGUUUUCCAGUUCGAAGCGUUUGUUUCCAAUGGUAUCUUUUGAAUUUGGUUCUAAUAAUUAAGUUACAAUUAAUUACUGCGUAAUUCAAAAGAUGUCAUUUAAAAUAUUUUAUUAAAUUUAUAUUUUGAGGCAGAUAAAAUUAUUUAUAAUAUACAUUUUUUAAUGUAUAUAUACAAUAUAUGCAAUCUAUUGUUUAGAAUUAUUAUCUAUCAUAUUUUUGAAAUAUUUCAAUAACAUCAUUUAGAUUUUUCUGAAAUAGUUAGAUAUUUAUAUUAAGAUAUUUAUGUUAUUUAUUAUUAAAAAUAAAUUUUUAAAUUUUAACUGCCUCAAUAUUUUCAUACAUUUAAACAUAAAGUCAAUUUAUAUACAAUUAGAUAUAAAAUAUUAAAUGAUAAAGAAUGAAAAUCAUAUUGAUUAAAAAGUUAAUUCAUUAAGUUCCUUUUUUUUGAACUUAUUAAUAAUGAUAUUUUAACAUCAAUGAUAAAUUAUAAAAUAUUUAUGUUUCAAGAAUAGAAAAAAAUAUUGUGAAAUUAUAAGAUUUAUGUUAUGGGCAGACAUUGACAUCCACGUGAUUGUCUCUAAUUGAAUUAAACUUUAUUUGAUUUUUUUUUUAAUUUGUACAUAAGAUAGUUGAUAAAUUUUUCAUUAUUAUAAAAAUAAGAUAUCCGUUGGAAAGUCUGUUGCCUGCACAAUAUUUGAUAUAAAUUUAAUAGAAUUUAAUAUGUGUUCAUAUCUAUAUAUGUAUACAUAUAUAAUUUUAUUUGCCACAGAAUUAGAAAAUUAGAUCAAUAUCUUAUUUGUUUAUUAUAUGAUAUUUUAUUAAUGAAUAAUUUUUCUCAUUUGUAAUCAUUUAUAAUUCUCAUAAUAAGACUUUAUUCUUAGUUAUUUUAAAUAUUCUUAAAUAAAUAAAUCUUUUUGGAAAAGAUUAUUUUUUUAACAUUAAUAUCAUUAAAUUAUAUAUCAAGAAAUUAUAAAUUAUAUAUAUUAUUUUUAUUCAUUUUACUUUUAAUAAUAUUAAAUUAUAUUUAAUUAAUAUUUUAGAAAAUAAAUUUUUUAAAAUUCAGACAUAUUAUAUUAUAUUACAUAUGAUAAGUAAUGAAAAUUUUGAUUUUAAAAUGGGACCAAAUAUUUGAAAUCAUCUUUGAACACGCCUGAAUACACCAUGUUGAAUAUGCUACCUCAAAAUGAAUAUAUUUUCAAUCUUUAGAAGAAUAAAAAUAUAAUCUCGAAGUAUAAUUCAUUAAAUAAUGAAUAAUAAAUUGAUAAAUUCAAUUGAAUACAUUUUAAAAUUUUAUAAAAUUUUUUAAUAAAUGUAAUAAUCUUUUUAUCUUAUAAUAAUUCUAAUUUUUUCAGAUUCGUUUGAUAAAAUUAAUAAAUAAUUUUUAUAUUCAUUUUUAUUUAUAAUCUUACUGAUAAUUUGUACAUUGUUCUGUAACAAUAACAAAUUCUCAUUUAAUAUUAAUUAUACAAAUUUAUAUAUUUGUAUAUUUUUUCAUAUAUUUAUCAGAAAACUAGUUUGUUGUUUAUUUCAGAAUUAAAAAAAAUUAUUUUUAAAUCUUUUUUCAACAUUGAGAGAGGAUUCUUGAAAUCUUCAUUAUAAUAUUUAUAUGAUUGAAAAAUAUUUUAUAUAUCUAUAUGUAUACUUAUAUUUGUAUACAUAUAAAUCAUGAUUGAUAUGUCUAUUAUAUUGUAUAAUUGAGAGAUAGAUAAAAUAUUUUGUAUACUAUGAUUCGCAAUUUUUCAAGAUUAAACAAUGUGGCCAGUUCAUUAAUAGAUCAUUAGUAGUAAAACAAAAAGAAAAUAUAAAGUUUUCUUUAUACUGAAUCGUAAAUCUAGUCCAGAUUGUAUAAAAUAGUUGCAACAAUUAUGCUAAGAAAAAUUCAUAUAAAAACUGACAAUAUUAACUUAAAUAAGAAAUAAAAAAAAAUCUCAUUUAUUUUCUUAUUUAAACAAUAUUGUUUGUUUUUAUAUAAUAGAUAUUUAAAAUAUCAAUUAUACCUCAAAUAAAGAAACAAAAGUAUCGAUAUUUCUUUUCAAAAUAUGAUUCUAUUAAACUUUAAAAAGUCAUUAGUAUCAUCAAAAAAUUGUAAAUGUCAAAAAAUUGAUAAAAAAUUACAGUAGAUUCCAAAUAAACGAACUUGAGUGGUAGUAUCGAUACUUUUGGCUUCAAAAUUUAAUUUAAAAUUAGAAUAUAAUUCUUACUCUUCGUUUUUUAAAAUGAUAGCACAAAGUUUUAUAAUUUCUUCAGAUGCGUAGCUGUCUAAGAAACUAUAUAUGUGAAUAAAAAAAAUAAAUACAUGUAUAUGUGUCCGCAUAUCUACAUGUAUAUUUAUUUAGAGAAUGCUUAUUUAAUGCAUAUAUUUAAGAAAAUUAUAAUUAUAAAAUAUUAGUAGAAAAUUAAUAUCUCGUUUAACAAAUCUACGCUUGAUGAAUAUUACAUAUUUCAUUUAGAAAAAAAUAAACUUUACUUUAUGUAUUAUUAUUACUCAUGUAUUUUACUGAGUUUUUUAAAUACUUAUUCAAAUAAUUUUAGACUACUUAUUUCUUUUUUUUUUUUUGAGUUAAUAUUUAAUUAUACAUUAUAUUAUGUAAGAAAUAUAUAAGAAUACGAUAACGAUAAAUAUUUAAAACGAGACAUUAUGAAACAAACGCAAUGAUGAAAAAUAUUUGAUAUAAUAAAUACUAACACUAUUACACGUUUGUAUCACAUUAUAUAAAAUUUAUCACAUUAUUGAAAUUUAUAGGAAGAAAUUCUUGUGCAGUUUGUGCAUCAUUCCCUGCAAGUACAAAAUUUCAGUACAAUUUUUUACACGUCAAAUUAAGCGAUACGAUCAAUCUGUUAGACAUUGUAUUUUUCAGAUAAUAUCUAAAUCUCUAUACAUAUUUACAAUAUAUUAUAAUCUGAUGUUUAAUUUUAUAUAAAUACAAACUGCACGAGUUACGCACGAACACGAAUUUUUACAGUUCGAAAUAAUCUUAAUUUAUUAUAUGAUUAGUGUAAAAAUGUAAUAAUAGUAAUAGUAAUAUGCUGAACAUAGUAUCUAUAAUCUAAAAAGUUAUUGUAAGUUUUAAACAUAUCUCUUUCAGAGAUAUAUUUAUUUUUGAAUUUAUCUUUUGAUUUAUCUAAUUUGUUUGUACAUAAAUGAAAAGAAAAUGUAAUUCUUGAUUUUAUUUUGCUUGUAUAUAUGUUCGAAUGAAUUAAUGAGAAAAGUAUAGAUAUAAUUUAUUAUAUAAUAUUAUAUAAUAAUUUAUUAUUUUAUAAUGAUUUUUUAAGUAUUAUGAAAAAUAUAUAUUUUAGUUUAAUUUUGUGAUUAUUCAAAUAUUAUAUUCCAUAUUUUAACUUUAUGUACAAUGAAAAUGGAAGAAAAAACUUAUAUUUUAAUCGUUUUUUAUAUUUUGAAUGUUAUAUUUUUCAGCGAAGUUAAAAAUUUUAUUAAAAAUAUUGCUAAUAUAAUAUUAGAAUGUUAAUGUAUAUAUAUAUAUAUUAUCUUUGUACAUUUCUGUUAAUGUUGAAAUAUACAUAUGAAUAUUAUAUCUAUGAA